AAACUGACGUCAAACUUCGCCCUUCGAGGAAGUAACAAACCCCAGUAGGCCAGAGUUGAAACGUUAUACAACAUAAAUAAAAGAACACAAAGCAGUAGGCACAUCGUCCAGAAGCAACUCGAACGGAACAGUCAUGAAUCCUGAUAUUAGCCGUGAACGCGAAAAUGCAUCUUUUAACCCGGAGAUCCUUACCAACAUAUUGGAUGGUGGUGCAGAAAAGACACGCAGGAGGAGAGAAAUAGAGUCUCUGGUUAUUGGUGAUCCAGACUUCCAGCAUGAAGACCUGAACUUUCUCUCCCGCAGUGAGAGAUAUGAUGCAGCAGUGCGGAAGAGUGCUCAGAUGAUUCUGAAGCUUAGGGAAUAUGGUAUUUCUGAUCCAGAGGAGAUCUACUCCUACAAGAGUAUUGUGAAGGGUGUGUAUCAAGAGCCCUUUGGUGUCCAUUUUGUCAUGUUCAUUCCCACCUUAAACAGCCAGUGCACAGCUGAACAGCACAAAAAAUGGAUCCCGUUAGCCGAGUCAUUCCGUAUGUUAGGCACCUAUGCUCAGACAGAGCUGGGGCACGGUACACAUAUUCGUGGUCUUGAAACCACUGCUACUUAUGACCCUUCCACCCAAGAGUUUGUUUUGAACAGUCCAACAAUCUCCUCUAUUAAGUGGUGGCCAGGUGGAUUGGGUAAAACCUCAAAUCAUGCUAUAGUCCUGGCUCAGCUGUACACGCAGGGCAAGUGUCAUGGACUACAUGCCUUCAUCACACCCAUUCGCUGUAUGAAGACACACAUGCCACUGCCAGGUGUAGUGGUCGGUGAUAUUGGCCCCAAAUUUGGUUUUGAUGAGGUGGAUAAUGGCUACUUAAAACUGGAAAAUGUCAGGAUACCACGUGAGAAUAUGCUGAUGAAGUACGCCAAGGUUGAGCCAGAUGGUACAUAUGUGAAACCUCCUAGUGAUAAACUCACAUAUGGCACCAUGGUGUUUAUUCGCUCCAUGAUAGUGGGGGAGUCAGCACGAGCUCUCUCCAAGUCCUGCACCAUCGCCAUUCGUUAUAGUGCAGUCCGACACCAGUCUGAACUACGCCCAGGAGAGCCAGAGCCACAGAUCCUAGACUAUCAGGCUCAGCAGUAUAAACUCUUCCCUCUGCUGGCCACUGCCUAUGCCUUCCACUUUGUGGGUCAAUACAUGAGUAAAACAUACCAUCGCAUCUCAGGAUACAUUAAUCAGGGUGACUUUAGUGAGCUGCCAGAGCUGCAUGCUCUAUCUGCAGGUCUGAAAGCUUUUACCACCUGGGUGGCAAAUGCAGGAAUUGAGCUUUGUCGCAUGUCUUGUGGUGGUCAUGGUUAUUCCCGCUGCAGCAGUUUACCUGACAUCUACGUCACCUUUACACCUACCUGCACUUAUGAGGGAGAGAAUACGGUUAUGAUGCUGCAGACAGCUAGGUAUUUGGUGAAGAGCUACAAACAAGCACGGGCAGGUCAGCAGUUGACUGGCACUGUUUCUUACCUGAACGAACCUCAGAGCAGGAUACAGCCGCUUUCUGUGUCCUCUCAGCCCACUGUCGUCAAUAUUAAUGACCUGGCCAGCCUUGUGGAGGCAUACAAAUUCAGAGCUUCGAAGUUAGUUGAAAUGGCAUCUAAGAACCUGCAGGCAGAGCUACAGCACAGCAAGAGCAAUGAGGAUGCCUGGAACAACAAUUCCAUUGAUCUAGUCCGAGCAUCUGAUGCCCAUUGUCAUUAUGUGUUCUUCAAAACUUAUUCAGAUAAAAUUAUGUGUGUUAAACAUGGGGAUACGGCUGUCCACUCUGUGCUCAGCACUUUGGCUCUGCUUUAUGCCCUUCAUGGAGUCGCACUGAACUCUGGCGACUUUUUACAGGCUGGUCUGUUUACUGUUCCUCAGCUGGCUCAGAUCUCACAGAGGCUGAAGGGUCUUCUCUCAGAGCUAAGGCCAAAUGCAGUGGCUCUGGUUGAUGCCUUUGACUACCGUGAUGAGAUGCUUAAUUCUGCUCUGGGGAGAUAUGAUGGCAACGUCUAUGAGCACAUGUUUGAGUGGGCCAAGAGGUCACCUCUGAACCAUACUGAGGUGCACGAGUCCCACCACAAGUAUCUAAAGCCACUACAGUCCAAACUGUAAGAAGUGCAUUUAUGGGAGAAAGGGAAGAGUCUGUCCAAGAAAACUACCUUUAGCUCUCCUCUCCACCACCACUGGGUCUUCUAAUCAUCUAGUGCAGAAAAGGAAUUUGUCAGUGAAGAGAUUAUUUUUAAUUUUUAAUGGAUAUGAUUCUAUGCCUACUUCUAAUUAUUUAGAGCAGUAAGUCAUGGUUGCUUUUUCUGUGCACUGAAUGAUAAUUUCAAGUUAAACCACUUAAAUUGCUUUUUGUAAUUGUAUAGAUUCUUGGUAGUUUGUAAUAUUUGCUUCCUUGAUUUUUCUAGAGGAUGUAAUGUUACAAUAAACAUACCCAUGAUGAUUCAGAUUCAAAUAGCUGAAAUUAUGAGACUAUAUUUGGAUAAAUUCCCAAUUCUAUGAGUCACAAACUUAAAAUGAAAUACUGAAAGUGAAUAUUGCCGUAUGCAUACUCUGAAUAACGUUUGAGUUUGAAAUGAUUAUUUACUGAAUAAUAAGUAAUUUCAGACAUCUUAACAUCUCUUAAAAUCAUGCCUUAAGACACACUGACAGGAAUGUCUUCUUUCUGUCUUUCUUUCUUUCUUUCUUUCUUUCUUUUUUGUAGUGAUUAAUCAAUAUCAAUGUACGGUAUAUAAUUAAUUACACCAUUUACAUAGUAAUAUACUGAUUUGUGUCCUGAUCAUUUUUUUUUUCCACUGUUGUUAUUUCAGCUCUUUUGCUAAUCUGUUAAAGUAAUAAAUUAACAUUUACAGUACUGUUAAUAGUUGAUCUUCUGUUUUGUGAAUGUUGGUAUUGCAUAGUUAUAAUUGUGUUGUAGUAAGAUGACAUUUUCACCUCUUUUCAAAACCUAAUUAAAACAAGUCACUCAGAA